UAUAAAAAGAUCCUCCGAGGAGGGCUGUGUUUUUUUGUGUGUGAUGGCAACUUCACUUCUAGGGGAGGAGCCGAGGUUGGGAUCGACUCCUUUAGCCAUGUUAGCCGCAACAUGCAACAAAAUCGGGAGUCCGAGCCCUUCGCCGUCCACCAUUUCGGAUAAUUCCUCCUCGUUCGGGAAAGGCUUCCACCCGUGGAAGCGAGCCGCCGCCGCCGCCGCCGCCGCCGCCGCGGGCGCCGGCAGCUGCAGCCUGGGCUCCGGCCUCUCCGGCUUCGGGGUGUCCCGCAACGGCUCGGCCAUCUCGGACUCGUUCAGCUCCAACGGCUCCACGGGCUCCAGCGCCUUCUCCCUCACGUCCGGCGCCUCGCCCGGAUCCCACUUUGGCAACGACUACUCGGUGUUCCAAGCGUCCGUGUCCAACGGCUCCCAAGAGUCGAGCCACCAGCCGGUGUUCAUCUCCAAGGUGCACACGUCCGUGGACGGUCUGCAGGGCAUCUACCCGAGGAUGAGCGUGGCGCACCCGUACGAGUCCUGGUUCAAGUCGUCCCACCCCGGCAUCCCCGCGGGAGAGGUGGGCACCGCGGGCACAUCGGCCUGGUGGGACGUGGGAGCCGGCUGGAUUGACGUCCAGAACCCCAACGGAGCGGCACUGCAGACGUCGUUACAUUCCGGCGGACUGCAGACGUCCUUGCACUCCCCCCUGGGCGGAUAUAAUUCUGAAUAUUCCAAUUUGAGCCACUCUGCCUUCAGUACAAACCCCUCUCCGCACCUGUUGACCACCGGCCAGCACCUGAUGGACGGCUUCAAACCGGUGCUCUCCUCUUAUCCGGACACCAGCCCGUCUCCGUUAACCGGCGCGGCGGGUACGAUGCUCUCCGGGGCUCCCCCGGCCUCCUUAGCGGCGUCCCCGCGCUCGUCCGCGCGGCGCUACUCGGGCAGGGCCACCUGCGACUGUCCCAACUGUCAGGAGGCGGAGAGACUGGGACCCGGUGGCGCCAGCCUGCGGAGGAAGGGCCUCCACAGUUGUCACAUCCCCGGCUGCGGGAAGGUUUACGGGAAAACGUCUCACCUCAAGGCGCACUUGCGGUGGCACACCGGCGAGCGGCCGUUCGUGUGCAACUGGCUCUUUUGCGGCAAGAGGUUCACGCGCUCCGACGAGCUCCAGCGACACUUACGCACGCACACCGGGGAGAAGAGGUUCGCCUGCCCGGUGUGCAACAAGAGGUUUAUGCGAAGCGACCACCUGAGCAAGCACGUCAAGACGCACAGCGCCGGAGGGUCGGCGGGCUCGGGCUCCGGGGGGAGCGGGGGCAAGCGGGGGAGCGAUACCGACAGCGAGCACAGCGCACCGGGGAGCCCCCCGUGCCACUCCCCGGACCUGUUGCACCCGGCCGAGGCCAGGCAGGGCGUGCUGGGCAUGAACGGUCUCUAACUCCGUUCCAAGUGUGUGCGAACCACGAGAAAAUGUUGGGGACGUUCUGUGAGGACAUGGCACCGGUGGACAUUAUUGCACUUCGUGCGCAAUGUCAAAUCGCGAAAGUUACACGUUUCUCAAUAAGGACACGCUGCACGAGUGGGUGCACAAUGUUCCGUCUGUCAAAGAAGCCUUGAGAACUUUCUGUGGCACGAGGAGUACACUACUUUGCUCGAUGUUGCAUUUAAAGGCCAGCGCAUUUCUUCAAUUACAUCUUUGGUACACAACGUGCAACGUCAUAACUGCCCCGAGAUGGGCGUGCCGGGGAAUACACUUUGCUGUAUGCACAUCGUAUGUCGUUCGUUAAAAAAGGGAGCCCAUGCAAUUUGUGCAU